CGCCUCAGCCGUUUAUACAAUUUAGGGAAGUGACGAGGGUUGUCAGGAGCUAACUGCGCCUUUUCAUCCAAAAAGUUCUAAUGAGAAAGAACAUGAAUGGAAUCGUUGGUACGAAUUGAGAACGGAUUGUUAUAACAGGGCCAACGGUAACGGUGAAUGUUUUUGGACCUCCACACACAAUCGACGAAUAAAUAUAAUUUUUACAGCCAACAAUGAAUGUGCAAUUCCCUACAUCUGCAACAUGGCUGCUAGGAGAACGCUAGUGGGAAAAGUUUAGAGUACUGACGUGGGAGAAGUUGUCUCGUAAUCCAGGUCAGUGCAGCAGAAAUGGUUGGAUAAGCAACAUUUUUUCCCCCAUGUUUAUCUUCUUCUAUCGCAUCGGAUUGAACAAACGAACGGAACACUGGAUUACGGAGUCAAUGCAGAGGAGUGCAAGACCACUUUCGCAAUAGACUUUACCUUCUAGAUUUGUGGUGCCCUUUUCAUCCAAAAAUAGUGGUCCUCUCGUCCAGUGGUCCAUCUAAAAAUGCAUUUCUCCAUUCCCGAAACGGAGGUUCGUUCGGGAGAAAAUGGAUCAACUUAUGUGGCAUUCAACAUCCAUGUGAAUAGCGUUCUGCACUGUCAGGUACGCUAUAGCCAGCUGCUCGGCCUACACCAACAGAUAAAGAAAGAGUAUGGGAACAACGUGGUACCCGCUUUCCCCCCAAAGAAGAUAUUCACGCUGACGCCGGCCGAGGUGGAGCAGAGACGAGAACAGCUGGAGAAAUACAUGCAAGCUGUGCGACAGGACCCCAUGCUCGGAGCCAGUGAGAUGUUCAACAGCUUUCUAAGGAAAGCCCAGCAGGAGACCCAGCAGAUUCCAACAGAAGAGGUACCCCUGGAGAUCUACCUGUCUAAGAGGCAGAAGGUCACGGUCAACAUCCUGACCUCUGACCAGACAGAGGACGUCCUCGAGGCUGUUGCGUCGAAGCUGGACCUUCCAGACGACCUUGCUGGUUACUUCAGUCUCUUCCUGGUUCGGGAAGGAGUGGACGGGGGCUUAACGUUUGUGAGGAAGCUGCAGGAUUUUGAGCUGCCAUACGUAUCUGUCACCAGUUUACGGAGCUCGGAGUUCUACAUCGCCCUUCGUAAAAGUUACUGGGACACGGCGUAUGACAGUGAUGUAAUGGACAACAGAGUGGGACUGAACCUACUGUACACUCAGACGGUGUCUGACAUAGAGAGAGGCUGGAUCCUCGUUAACAAGGACCAGCACAGGCAGCUGAAAUCACUGCAGGAGAAAGGAUCCAAGAAAGAAUUCAUUAGGCUGUGCCAGACACUGAAGUACUUCGGCUACAUACAGUUUGACCCGUGUGUGACAGACUUCCCGGAGAAGGGCUGUCACGCGAUCGUCUCCGCUGGCAACAACGAACUCAACUUCCAGGUCAAGCUACCCAAUGAGCAGAUGAAAGAGGGGAGCUUCAAGGUCACGCGCAUGAGGUGCUGGAGGGUCACUUCCUCUCAGGUCCCGGUAGCCAACGGAACAGCCUCCACCUCCCCCUGCUCCUCAGCCAAGUGUGAGGUGAAGUUGGAGCUGGCCUUCGAGUACCUGAUGAGCAAAGACCGUCUCCAGUGGGUCACCAUCACCAGCCCACAGGCAAUCAUGAUGAGCAUCUGUCUGCAGUCGAUGGUUGAUGAGCUGAUGGUCAAGAAAUCAGGAGGCAGCAUCAAGAAGAUGCUGAGGAAACGUCCCAACGGCUCCCUCCACCGGUCUGAAAGUCUGCAAGCUGUGAAAUCACCCCCUCUACUGGACUCCCCUGACCCAGACCGAGAACAGAUUGUCAAACUCUCAACCAAGCUGAGCUCUGUGUCACUCAGAGGGAUCAGCGCCUCCAACUCGGCCAACGACGUCAGCGGCAACGAUUUCCAUGGCAACUACGCCUUUGAGGGGAUCGGGGACGAUGACCUGUAAUAUUCAACCUCCUCCUCUUGACUAACGCGACCCGCAAAGAUUCCAAGCCGAGCUUAGCCAGGCAGAAAUGAGUUUGUCUGGUUUGUGAUUGUAGCCCUUCCCGUGGGUCUGCUACCAACCAUAUCUUCUUGUUUCAUCCUCUUCAUAAAAGGCUGCAUCCCAAACGACACCCUGUUUACUUACACAGUGUGGCACUUUUGAGCAGAGUCCCG